CACCGUCGAGUCAAUUUCACCGUCACUGUCCCACGGCAUGAGGGCCAAAGCACCACUAUCUAUCCUCCCCCUCCAGACAAUUCUUCGCUCUCUGGCUGUGACAACCAUCUCUUCAUCACCGUUCCUCUUAUCACCCUCAUUGGCAAUUAUGAAUGUACUGGCGCAUACCAACAAUGGACUGCUGAACCCGGACCGCAACCCUCUGCUGAAGCUCCUCAUCAAAUCUACUUUCUACGCCCAAUUCUGUGCGGGAGAGAACGCUGCCGAGGUACGCAGCACUGUCGCUCGACUGAAGGGACUGGGUUUCUCAGGCGUGAUCCUGGGAUAUGCGAAGGAGGUGGUGCUCACGGAUGCGGAGACUAGAGAGCUGUCAAACUGUGGGGCCGAAAGCAAGGAGCUGGAGGAGCAUGUAAAGAGAGAGCUUACACAUUGGGCCCAGGGCACGUUGGAGACGGUCAGGCUCGCGGAUGAGGGUGAUUUUGUUGCACUGAAGUUCACUGGCGCCGGCCGACAGGCUCUCUGGACCCUUUCCGAGCGCCUUCCACCACCAAAGGCCCUCGCAGAUGCCAUUGAUGAGAUCUGCAUGCUCGCCGUCUCACGUGGGGUGCGUCUCCUGUUCGAUGCGGAGCAGCAGGCAGUUCAGCACGGGAUUGAUGACUGGACGCUCGAGCACAUGCGCAAGUACAACAAGCCCUCCUCGUCAUCGUCCGGUCCGGCCAAGGCAGUGAUCUACGGCACCUACCAGGCCUAUCUGAAGGCCACGCCCUCAGUCCUUGCCUCUCACCUGCACGCCGCACAGCAAGAGGGCUUUACCCUGGGCGUGAAGCUCGUGCGUGGUGCAUACCUAGGUUCAGACCCACGACACCUCAUCCACGAUACCAAGGCCGACACUGACGCGUGCUACAACGGCAUCGCGGAGGCGCUGCUCAGGCGCCAGUGGGCUGGCCCCCUGGCGCAAUUCGCUCAGAAGGGCGGUGAGAAGUUCCCGGCAGUCAACAUGGUCCUCGCCUCGCACAAUGCCGACACUGUCCGUAAGGCCCGCAGCGUGCUGGAAGAGGGGCCGACGGAGACGGAAGUCGCAUUUGCACAGCUACAGGGGAUGGCAGACGAGGUGAGCUGUGAAAUCCUUGCCUCCAAGGACGGGGCAGUCACCGCCGAGCAUGCGAAGGAGGUAUUCAAGCCAAGGGCGUACAAGUACCUCGUCUGGGGAUCCACAGGCGAAUGUAUGAAGUACCUCCUUCGCAGAGCGCAGGAAAAUCGCGAUGCGGUAGGGAGGACCCAGAGUGGACGGGAUGCGAUGAAGGCGGAGGUUUGGAGGCGGGUGAAGACAGCAUUGGGGGUGACGGCGUAAGGGCUUGACUUGAUCAUUGGGUAAAUGGGGGAACCGGUGUUUAGCGUUAUUUCUCUUUUUUUUUUUUUUUGAUUGAGGUUCAGAUUGAUCCUAAGCCCCGAACUUCGUGAGACAUGACAGUACCAUCAGAAAUUGGUAGAAAGAAUGAUACUCUAUAAUG